AUGGCUGGCGAGACCCCUGUUCACUUCUUCGACCUAUACUCGGACCAACCAGGUGCGCAACUCUACCUCUCCAUGGAGGACAUUGCGAAAGAAUCACUCACUAGUCCAACAGGUCCCUUGAAAUCAUGGUCGCCCAACACUCUCAAAACCAGAGUCGUGCUCAACUUCAAGGGCAUCCCCUACACCCAAAGCUGGCAUUCUUAUCCAGACAUCAAGCCCCUCAUUUCCAGCUUCGGCGUCCCACCCAAUGAUCAAGGCAGACCAUAUACACUCCCAGCAAUCAAGCAUAGCUCCGUGACUUUUCAUUCCAGUGGUGUUACCAUGGACUCCCAGGUGAUAGCUCUCCACCUCGACAAGGUGUACCCCUCGCCACCGCUAUUCCCAUCCGGCGACGCGAGCUACGCGCUGUUCGUCGCCGUGAGCCGAUUCCUGACUCUUCUGGAGCCUGGGUUCCGGCCCUUCGUUGUCCCUCGGGUCCCAGACCACCUGGAUCCGCGAGGCUCGAAGUACUUCCAUGAGACGCGGGCUGUUGCCCUUGGGAAGCCAUUGUCGCAGGUGCGGCCGACAGACCAGGCGACCAUUGAAAGCAAGUGGGAGUUAGUUGAGAGCGAGACGGUGCCGUUGCUAAAGAUGUUGAAGGGCAGGGACUGCAAGAAAGGCCCCUUCUUUGAGGGCGAGCAUGCCGGGUAUGCGGAUUUGUUGCUGGCUACUGCGUUGGCGUUUAUACAGCGUUUUGACACGGAGCUUCAUGAGAAGUUUUUGAACCUGGGCGAUGGGGAGUUUAGAGAUCUCUAUCAGGCUGUUCUGCCUUGGUUGGAGGGACAAGGGGAGGAGAAGGAUUGGCCAGUUCCAGAGGCAUCAAAUAACCCACGGUUUGACGCUGAAUGA